AAUUAAUAAAAACUAAUUGCCAGUUGUUACAUUGAUGGUGAUCAUCUCAUUUCAACACUGACAGUGCAGUCAUGGAUGCUAGGGAUAUUGAUUCUGAUAGUUGCCAUGACAACGAGGAUGAGAACUGGUUGGAAACUGGGUGGAGUGAAGAAAAUCCAUCAUUCUGUGUAAAUCAAAAUUAUUCCAAAAUGAAGACACCAUCUCCAAGACAUUCUAUGUGCAAAGAUAACUUAGGCACAAGUGCAAAGCAAGCCAUGAGGGGCGCUGUCACACAGGAUGAGUCAAACAAAACAGAUAGUAGCAAAGGUGUGAUGUCAUUGAUGGGGUUAAACACUAACAAGGCUGGAAUGGAAGGACUUGACAAGGAGAAAAUUAACAGUAUUAUACUUCAGGCUUCCAAAGGAUCCAAAUUUUAUGAAAAUGAACAGAAGAAAGAACAACUACUGAAUAACAAAAUAGAACAAAUGAAAGAACAACUAGGAAAACUUACGGAGCAAGAGAAAUCCAUGGCACUGGUUGAGGUAGAUAAAAUGGUUUUGGAAUUAAAAGCACAACGAGAUUUGACUCGAACUAUAGUUCAUAUUGAUAUGGAUAUGUUCUAUGCUGCAGUUGAAAUGAAAGAUGAUCCCACACUCCGAGAUAAACCAAUGGCUGUGGGUAGUAUGGGCAUGCUGUCUACAUCCAAUUACAAAGCUAGAAGGUUUGGUGUGAGAGCUGCUAUGCCUGGAUUCAUAGGCAAAAAGUUAUGUCCGGAAUUAAUUUUAGUGAAACCUAAUUUUGUUAAGUACCGAGCUGUGAGUCAGGAAAUCCAGCACAUUAUGGGCCAGUAUGAUCCAAACUUUGCAGCAAUGAGUUUAGAUGAGGCUUACCUUGAUCUCACUGAACAUUUAAAGCUAAGAUCAAGUCUUUCUGAGGAAAGUAGAACAUUUUAUUAUCGUUUCAAGGAAAACCAGUCAUGCAGAGAUAGUAGAGACAUAAAUCAGAUGGUAGUCUCGAAAACAGGAAACACAGCGACGGUCACCAAAUCAACUGAUGAGAAGAUGGUAGUCUUAGAAACAGGAAACACAGCGACGGUCACCACAUCAACUGCUGAGAAGAUGGUAGUCCUAGAAACAGGAAACACAGCGACUGUUAAACAUGAUUAUCUCAAAGACAUGUCCAGAUAUGAAAUCUUUGGUGUAUCUGCUGAAGAAGCAGUCAGAGAAAUCAGAUUUAGAAUUGAGCAGAAAACUCAAUUAACAGCAAGUGCAGGUAUUGCUCCUAACACUAUGCUGGCUAAGGUAUGUUCUGAUAAAAACAAACCAAAUGGACAGUACAGAAUAGAACCAACAUUGGAAGCUGUCAACAAAUUUAUUGAAGAUUUACCAAUAAGAAAA